AUGUCUCCACUGUCUUUCCUAAAGGGGGAUACAGAGGCCCAGGAGGGGCCGGGGGUAGGGGAGGAUAUGGUAACGGAGGCCAGGGAGGCUAUGGUGCUGGUCUGGGAGCAGGAAAUGGCCAAGGAAUGGGGACGGGAGCCGGGCUGGGCUCACAGGGUGGGAAACCACGUGGAGGUGGAGGAUACGGUGGUAAUGGCUAUGGCACACAGCCAGGUUACGCGGCUGGAGCUGGAGCCAGAGGCUAUCCACGACCAGGUGCUGGAGCUGGGUAUCCCAAUGGACAGGGAUCUAAGGGACCAAAACCGGGAUAUGGUGCAGGAGCUGGAGUGCCCAAUGGACAGGGUGCUAAACCCAAUGUGUAUGCUGCAGGAGCUGGAGGAGUUCCCACUGGACAGGGUGCUAAACCAUCCAAACAGGGAUAUGGUGCAGGAGCUGGAGUGCCCAAUGGACAGGGUGCUAAGCCCAAUGGAUAUGGUUCAGGAGCUGGAGUUCCCAAAGGUCAGGGAGCCAAAGGCAAUGGAUAUGUUCCAGGAGCUGGAGUUCCCAGUGAUCAGGGAGCCAAAGGCAAUGGAUAUGGUCCAGGAGCUGGAGCUACCAACAGUGCUAAAAGCAAUGGAUAUGGUCCAGGAGCUGGAGUUCCCAGUGAUCAGGGAGCCAAAGGCAAUGGAUAUGGUCCAGGAGCUGGCAUUCCCAAUGGUCAGGGUGCUAAACCCAAUGGAUAUGGCCCAGGAGUUGGAGCACCCAACGGUGGUAAAGGAAAUGGAUAUGGUGCAGGAGCAGGAGUUCCCAAUGGUCAGGGUGCUAAACCCAAUGGAUAUGGUCCAGGAGCUGGAGCACCUAACGGCGCUAAAAGCAAUGGAUAUGGUGCAGGAGCUGGUGUUCCCAGUGAUCAGGGAGCCAAAGGCAAUGGCUACGGUGCUGGAGCAGGCAGCUACCCUGGGGCAGGAAACAACGGCUAUGGAGCAGGUGCCAGUCUGGGACAGGGAGGAUACCCCCAGGGUGGAGCAGGUGGAUACCCCCAGGGUGGAGCAGGUGGAUACCCCCAGGGUGGAGCAGGAGGAUACCCCCAGGGUGGAGCAGGAGGAUACCCCCAGGGUGGAGCAGGAGGAUACCCCCAGGGUGGAGCAGGAGGAUACCCCCAGGGUGGAGCAGGAGGAUACCCCCAGGGUGGAGCAGGAAAACAAGGCAAAGCUGGCGGUGGUGCUAAUCUGGGACAGGGAGGAUAUCCCCAGGGUGGAGCAGGAGGAUACCCCCAGGGUGGAGCAGGCAAAUCAGCAGGUAAUGGUGAUCAAAUGGGAGGAGCAUACCCCGGGGCUGGAGCGGGCAACGGCUAUGGGAAUGGUGGAGGCCCAGCUGGUGGGGCCAAUGCAGUGCCUGCAGGCUAUGGCAAUGGCUACGGUGCUAGUACUGGAGGCAAUGGUUAUGGACCCGGGGGUGGAGUCAGUCAGCUUCCUUACAAUGGAGCCCCAGUCAAUACUGCUGGACUGGAUGGUGAUGGAAGCUUCCCUUAUGGUGCUCAGCAACUGGGCCUUGGUGGUGGUGAUGGAGGCAAAUCCUCUGGCAAAUAUGGCAACGGUGGAUUGCCACAGGGUGCACAACAGGGUGCACAGCCUUAUGGACCUGCGACUGGUGGUGGGAAACCACCUUGCAAAAAUGGAAACGGAGGGGGCUUUGGAGCACAGCCAGCAGGCUAUGGUCAAGGACAGCUGGGUGCAGGUCAGAGUGCCCCCUACAGUAACGGAGCAGGAGGGAAGGAAAGCAAAUAUGGUGGUGGUGGACUGACUGGAUUCUUUGGAAAUGGAGGGUACAAAGGUUAAGUCAAUCAGCUGAGGCCUUCUUGAAGUGAAUAUUUGUUCCGUUCAGUCAUGUGUUCAUGGUGAUGUUUGUUGUUUGGUCUGUUGUUACAUUUAACUAUUCCAUUUUUGUUUUGUAUUUGUGUUUUUUGUUUAUGGUUCUUGUCUUUUCUAUUGUUGUGUGUCUGUCCCCUCUCUUCCUCUACUGGCUUUGGAGAUUGUGUUGCCAGUGUGUUUGUGUUCAUAUCCAUUUCACACUAAAGGGCAGAAAGCAACCACAUAAUG